GAAGCCUGACAACAUUUUCCCUCAAAGAAAGAACCUAAGCGACUACGCAUAAGAUCGGUCGAGCGAUGGAGCAAGAGAGCGACCGGACAAAAAUGCUGCCCGACGACGUGCUCGCGGGUGUCCUCACCCGCCUCGCUCCACGCAGCCUCGCCACGUCCCAGUGCGUUUGCAAGACGUGGCGGGGCAUCAUCGACGACCACCGCGCGUUGCGCAACAUCUUCCUCCCGAACUCAUUGGCUGGUAUCUUCAUCAACUUCAACGAGCUAACGUAUGCGGAAUUCUUCUCCCGCCCAUCGCCCAUCAAGGUUGUUGGGGGCGGCGAAAGGCUCGCCAACCGUGUGGAGGAUCACUGCAACGGUCUUCUCUUGCUUUACGAUGCGGUGGCUAACCCAAUUAGAGGAUGGGAGGCACCCUUGCCACCGCGGCCGCCCCAAAGCCUAUGGGCGGAGUGCUUCUUCGAGGAUUCCUAUCUUGUGUUUGAUCCUACGGUGUCAUCGGACUAUCAUGUGUUCUUGAUACCUCGUAUUCCGUAUAUCGAGCUUGACAUAGAGCCAUUUGAAGACCCCGUGGUUGAGAUUGACCCCGUGGUGUUAGAAUCGGAAUGGCCACCUACUUCAUGGACCCUGCUGGUCUUCUCGUCGUUGAAUGGGUAAUGGGAGGAAAGAAUAUUCAUGCGACAAGGGGAGGCUGCGGGGAUUGUGUCUGACUUGGCAACAGACUAUUCAUGGGAUAAGCGUCACGCCGUCUAUUGGUGUGGUGCAUUAUAUGUGCAUUGCGAAAAAUAUUUUGUUAUAAGGUUGUCAUUAUCAGAUAACACAUAUCAUGUCAUUAAACCACCAAAAAGUCUUGAAUCCGAGAGUUUCCCGAAUUGUUAUCUUGGGAAUUCGAAGAAAGGGGUGUAUUAUGCCUUGCUACUUGAAAAUGGAUGCAAGUUGCAGGUGUGGGUCCUUAAUGAAUCACAUGGACAUAAGGAGUGGAUCCUAGAGAAGCAUGAUAGGGACCUCAAGUUACCUUUGCCAUGUCUAAACAAUGGUCCAUGGAUUCUAGAAGAUGUUAACUACAAUGAAGAAAAGUACAUUCAGCAUUACGAUGAAACCAACGCAGUAGAAGAGGAUUUUGAAUGGAACUCUGAUAACGAUGUCUUAGAUACAGAAGAUACGAUCAACAAGGGUGGCUAUGAUUCAAUUCUUGGAUUUCAUCCUUUCAAAGAGAUCGUCUUUCUGAGCAGAAAAUUGGACAGAAAUUUGAGCAGGGGAUUGGCAUACCAUUUGAAUACCUCGAAGAUUGAAGACUUGGGUAACUUAUGCCCAAAGGAUUACGAUGAUAUUACUGGCCAACGUGGACGUAUUGAAGCAUCUUUUAUGUACACACCUUGUUGGGUGAAAUAGUUCCCUACUAGAAAGGUCCCUAUAUAAAACAGAAAAUUGUAUUGGCUAUUAGGUGCAAACUAUUUUGUACAACUAGAUGAUACCCCGCGCGUUGCUGCGGAAAUUAUGUAUCAGCGCAUACCUUAAUUCAUAGUCAGUGUAACAAAUAAAAAAAUAUGGAUCAAAGUGAUUACCCUAUAAACCGGAACAAUAUGUUAAGGAUUUGGUAUGGCACAAUUGCAAGUAGAUGCUGGCCGAAGAGUAUUAAUGACAUUUUUCUUGAUUACAAAUGAAGGCGGUCGCUCUAGUGAUAAAGUAAUUCUAAAUUUAGGCAACCUAUAAUUACUAAUUUUUGGUAGAAUCUGUAGUCUAGUUUGUAAGAAGCUGCAUGCGUUGUUGAUGAUGUAGCAUGUUAGGUCGUCUAUAAGGAAAUUCUCAAAGAAAUAACAAAGGAUAC